UUAAGACUACACAUUAUAACGUCUCCCAUAAGUCUAUAAUUAUUUAAUUUAUAUAUGGAGUUACAUAUAUACUUCCAAACUCACUGAUCAAGAAUUAAUUUUCCUCACAACCAACCAUCGAUAUGGCAGUCUGCAACUCUUGCAAUCCCACCCUCCGAUCACAUACUUUCCUUUGUUCUUUUUUCUUCUUCUACUUUGUGAUCACCCUUUACUACUUCACCCUUCAUGCAAAUGCACUGAGUUUCGACUUAACCAAUGUUAAUCAAAUGCUUGAAAAUGUCACCAUAAUAGGAGAUGCUAUUUUUUCCAACGACGGCAUCCAAAUCACUCCAAACGAAGUGUGGAAAGUCGGUCGAGCCACAUGUAAAGAUGAAUUUCACCUUGGGGACAAAGCUUCUGGAACACUGACGGAUUUCAACACCUCUUUCUUGUUUGAUAUUGAUUCAGAACGAAGCUCGAAAUUUGCAGAUGGUUUUACAUUCUUCCUCAUUUCUCACGAUUCCCCAUCCAGUUUAACCAAGGCUGGCUACCUGGGUCUUCCAAAGGAACCCCCCUCACAGAAUCAAUUUGUUGCUGUGGAGUUUGAUACCUAUCCAAAUGAAUGGGAUCCACCGGAAACUCACGUAGGUAUCAAUAUCAACUCUCUCACAUCUAGUGCUACUGCAACUUGGUACAACAACAUAACGUAUGGAAAAGAUAACAAAGCCUGGAUUAGUUAUGAUUCUAGUUCUAAAAAUUUGAGUGUUGUUUUCACUGGAUAUACAAAUAAUACUAGUGUUAAAAGUGUCCUUAGUUAUCCAAUUGAUCUAAGGAAUUACUUACCAGAAUGGGUUACAAUAGGCUUCUCAGCUGGAACAGGAAUAUAUUCUGAGAAACAUAUUAUUAAAUCAUGGUCAUUCAAUUCAAGUCCCAAUCUCAGUCCAAGUCUAAGAAACAAAAAGCCACUAGUAGUGGGAUUGACUGUAGGAUCAUUUGGUUUGGUUUGUGGGUUGGCUUUGUUUGUGUUUGUCUUGUGGAUGAAAAGGACAGAUGAGGAGGUUGCAUCUAAUAUGUCCAUGGAUAAUGACUUUGAGGUAGGUACUGGGCCAAAGAAGUUUUCGCAUGGUGAAUUGCUUCGUGCAACAAAUAAAUUUGCGGAUAUACUUGGACGGGGAGGAUUUGGUGAGGUUUAUAGAGGUUUUUUGAAGGAAUCCAACUCCAAUGUUGCUGUGAAGAGGAUAUCAAAGGGAUCAAAACAGGGAAGAAAGGAGUAUGCAUCUGAAGUGAAGAUCAUUAGUCGGUUGAGGCACAAAAAUUUGGUGCAACUACUUGGUUGGUGUCAUGAGAAAAGAGAAUUGCUACUUGUUUAUGACUUCAUGGAAAAUAGAAGCUUAGAUUACCAUCUCUUCGAAGAAAAAAGCUUGUUGACAUGGGCGAUGAGGUACGAAAUUGCUCAAGACUUGGCCUCAGCAUUACUUUACCUACACGAAGAAUGGGAACAAUGUGUAUUGCAUAGGGAUAUAAAAUCAAGCAAUGUCAUGCUAGAUUCAAAUUUCAAUGCUAAACUAGGGGAUUUUGGAUUAGCUAGGCUUGUCGACCACGACAAAGCUUUGCACACAACAGGUUUUGCAGGGACUAUGGGUUACGUGGCACCUGAAUACCUAGUUACACACAAAGCUAGUAAAGGAUCAGAUAUUUAUAGUUUUGGAAUUGUGCUAUUAGAGAUAGCUUGUGGAAGAAAAUCCAUUGACUCCAAGGUCCCAGAAAGUCAAAUGAUAUUGGUGCAGUGGGUUUGGGAUCUCUAUGGUACCAGUAGAUUUCUUGAAGCGGCAGAUCCGAAGAUACGUACAGAGUUUGUUCAAGAACAAAUGGAACGUUUGAUGAUUGUUGGGCUCUGGUGUGCUUACCCCAAUCACAAUCUCCGACCUUCAAUUAGGCAAGCAAUUCAAGUGCUUAAUUUUGAAGCUCCAUUGCCGAAUCUCCCAACAGAGAUGCCCGUGCCAACAUUUGUUACACCUAUGGUGAAUGCUUCUUCAUCUUUGGUUUCUUGUACCCAUGGCUCUAUUACUUUUUCUAAUAGCGGUCGAUUGUAGUCUUCAAGCUAUAGUUACCAUGGAGGAGGGGGCUUCGGCUUCGACCUCUUCCUCCUUUAACUCCUAUUUUCUUCUUUCCUUUUCUUUGCCUUUUUGCUUAAAUAACCUUGGAAACUUUGUCUUUCCAACCCUCUCUGUCUUUGUGAGACAUUUCUUCACCGGAUUUGCCUUCUCCCUUCUCCUCCACCUCACUCUAGCGCCGUCACUACCUCACUGCCAUCGAAUCUUCCACUACCCUUUAAAUAUGCCACCUCCCAGUCUCCAACCUCCACGGCCCUGCCACCGCUUCUCCAUUUCUUCAUCUCCACUAUAUCUGCCUUCGGCCGUCGUUUCUGUCGCCGUCUUCCCACCGCUGCCUUUGGGAUUGAAGGGUUUUUUUGGUUUUGUUAUCUUUUUGUUUAUUUGUGUUUGGUUGUGUGGCUUGGGUUCCAUUGAUGGUGUAAUUACAGCUUACCUUCUCUGUGGAUGUAGCCUAUGUUUUGCGAGCUUUGAGUCUUGAUUUAUUCAUAGCUUCUCCUUGGACUUUGUUUUGAGUAUUUUUUUUACUUUGUUUGGUGUAAGCUUAUAUCUUGUUGGCAUAAAUCCCUUUGUAAGUGCGGUUUGGCUUUAUUUAAUGAAAAUUUCUCUUGAUAAAAAAAAGUUAUA